AUGGCGACCACUGAGAUGCUCCUUGUGCGGAAACGGCCCAUCGGCCGCGGGCGGCGCCGAGCGCGCUCUGGCAGCAAAGACCGCCGGGCGCCGGCCCUUCUGGCGGGGCUGCUGGGCUUCCGGCGCGCCAUGCCCGUGACGGGCCGCGUGCUCAACAUGACGACGGAGCUGUACGAGCUGGCGGAGGGCGAGCUGCUCAAGACGUUUUUCGUGUCGCCCUCCAACAACCUGUGCUUCCACGGCAAGUGCUCGUACUACUGCGACACGGCGCACGCCAUCUGCGGCAACCCGGACACCAUAGAGGGCUCGUUCGCGGCCUUCCUGCCCACCAAGGAGGUGGCGGUGCGCAAGGUGUGGAGGCACCCCUGGCGCCGCUCGUACCACAAGCGCAGGAAGGCGCAGCUGCUGGGCUUCCGGCGCGCCAUGCCCGUGACGGGCCGCGUGCUCAACAUGACGACGGAGCUGUACGAGCUGGCGGAGGGCGAGCUGCUCAAGACGUUUUUCGUGUCGCCCUCCAACAACCUGUGCUUCCACGGCAAGUGCUCGUACUACUGCGACACGGCGCACGCCAUCUGCGGCAACCCGGACACCAUCGAGGGCUCCCGUAAGAUUUUCUCUUUGACGGACUUGGACUCCGACUACUGCUCGUUGGUGCGCGACAUCCCUCCGUACGACCAGGGCCGGCGCCUGCUCGACCUCAUGGACAUGGCGGUUUUCGACUUCCUCAUGGGCAACAUGGACCGCCACCACUACGAGACGUUCCGCGUGUUCGGCAACGACACCUUCCCGCUGCACCUGGACCACGGGCGCGGCUUCGGCCGCCCCUUCCACGACGAGCUCUCCAUCCUGGCGCCCGUGCUGCAGUGCUGCCUCAUCCGCCAGUCCACGCUCGCCACGCUCCUCAGAUUGUUUCUUUUCCGGCAUUCCCUUUAUAACCAGGAAUAG